UGCCCGGCGCUGGCCAUGGGGCGGGGGGCGGCAACUGGGGCCGCACUGGUGGCACUGCUGCUGCUGGGAGCCCCCCGGGCUGGGGGCGCGGAGCUCUCGGGAGUGUUCCAGGAGAUGGUUAAGACCGAAUGUCACUUCUUUAACGGCACCGAGCGGGUGAGGUUCGUGAAGAGGUUCAUCUACAACCGGGAGCAGUACGUGCACUUCGACAGCGAUGUGGGGCACUUUGUGGGGGACACCCCAUAUGGGGAGGAGGUUGCCAGGCACUGGAACAGCGACCUGGAAUGGAUGGAGCACAGACGGGCUGCGGUGGACAGGCACUGCCGGCACAACUACGAGUUGUCCACCCCGUUCCUCGUGGGGCGCCGAGUGCCCCCCACCGUGUCCAUCUCGCUGGUGCCCUUGAGCUCCCAGCCCAGUCCCGGUCGCCUGCUCUGCUCCGUGAUGGAUUUCUACCCUGCCGAGAUCCAGGUGAGGUGGUUCCAGGGCCAGCAGGAGCUCUCUGUGUUGGUCACCGACAUUUUGCCCAACGGGGACUGGACCCACCAGCUCCUGGUGCUGCUGGAAGCGCCCCCCCGGCGCGGAGUCACCUACACCUGCCUGGUGGAGCACGUCAGCCUGGAGCACCCCCUGAGCCAGAACUGGGAGAUGCCACCGGACAGUGCCCACAGCAAGAUGCUGACGGGGGUCGGGGGAUUUGAAGCAGCAUUCCUCUUUCAAGACGGCACACAGGCUUCCUUGUUGCAUGAACAGGAGGUCCAGUCCUCGCCUGUUCUGCAGGACCACUUCUGA